AUCAAAGCACUUAGCACUGAACCCCAAUUAUCUCUCUUUUCUCUCUUCUUUUUUCUUUUUCUCUAUCCCUCAACGUAAGGACAUAUACUAACAAUGGCUGCAGCUACAUUCCCUGCUAUUUCUCUUCUAUUCUUUCUGCUGAAUUGCCUUAGAGGUACUUAUGGAGACUAUGGAGGUUGGCAAAGUGCUCAUGCCACUUUCUAUGGUGGGGGUGAUGCUUCCGGCACAAUGGGAGGUGCUUGUGGGUAUGGAAAUUUGUAUAGCCAAGGGUAUGGUACUAACACUGCAGCACUUAGUACUGCCCUAUUCAACAGUGGCUUGAGCUGUGGUUCUUGCUAUGAAAUGAGAUGUGAUAAUGACCCUAAAUGGUGUCUCCCCGGCACAAUCACCGUUGCUGCUACCAACUUCUGCCCUCCUAACUUUGCCCAGUCUAAUGACAAUGGUGGCUGGUGCAAUCCUCCUCUCCAACACUUUGACUUGGCUGAGCCUGCUUUCUUGCAAAUUGCUCAAUACAGAGCUGGAAUUGUACCCGUUUCGUUCAGAAGGAUCCCCUGUGCAAAGAAAGGAGGAAUAAGGUUUACAAUUAAUGGACACUCUUACUUCAACUUGGUAUUGAUCACAAAUGUAGCUGGAGCAGGAGAUGUACAUUCAGUGUCAAUCAAGGGAUCAAAGACAGGAUGGCAGACAAUGUCAAGGAAUUGGGGACAGAACUGGCAAAGCAAUUCAUACAUGAAUGGACAAAGCUUGUCUUUCCAAGUUACAACAAGUGAUGGUAGGACUGUGACAAGCUACAAUGUUGCCCCGGCUAACUGGCAAUUCGGACAAACAUUUGAGGGUGGCCAAUUUUAGAAAUCUAUACAUUAGGAUUAGACAUUAAAAGGCAAGUGUUUGCUAUGACAUUUAGUAACAUUUGUAUGUUGUAAUAUAAUGUUAUACAAUUGUUUGUGAGAUGGUGCGGUUAGGGUAGUAGGAGAAAGAAAGCUUAGCCAACGUGGCUGGCUGUUGCUGUGGUGGUUUACUGGCACCCGCUAGGCCUUUACUUCAUAUAUAUUUAUAUAGGAAUGUCUUAGUAGUGGCUUUCUUAUUUGACUGGAGGCCAUACAAAAAAAAUCAACAAAAAACAAAAGCUCAUUUGAUUGUAAUCCUCAAGUUGGUCUAAAACCCAGUUGGGAGAAUUUGAUAUUUGAUUGUCCUUUUGUUGCAGAUGCCAAUGGGGCAGUUUUUUCUUGUUGUAUACUGAUUUCAACAUUUGAACUUCUUGAAUAAGAUCUUCCUUAGGGAUUUGGCA